AUGUCGCGCUUCCUCCGUCCGGCGGCUCGGUUAGCUGCCACUGCUUCAGCGCGCAGCGCCGUGGCUCCCCGAGCUCUCCCCCGAUUCGCCUCUGCCACUCUCUCCGUCUCGCAACGAAGAACAUUUGCCGAUGCGAAGGGCGGCAAGGAAUACACCGUCCGUGAGGCCCUGAACGAGGCCAUGGCCGAGGAGCUCGAGCAGAACGACAAGGUCUUCCUGCUUGGAGAGGAGGUCGCCCAGUACAACGGCGCGUACAAGAUCACCAAGGGUCUGUUGGAUCGGUUCGGCGAUAAGCGUGUCAUUGAUACCCCCAUCACGGAGAGCGGUUUCACUGGGUUGGCUGUUGGUGCUGCGCUGGCCGGACUGGCCCCUGUGUGCGAGUUCAUGACCUUCAACUUCGCUAUGCAGGCCAUCGACCAGAUCGUCAACAGUGCCGCCAAGACCCUCUACAUGUCCGGCGGUAUCCAACCCUGCAACGUCACCUUCCGCGGUCCCAACGGUUUCGCUUCCGGUGUCGGUGCUCAGCACUCUCAGGAUUACAGCGCUUGGUACGGUUCCAUCCCCGGUCUCAAGGUCGUCGCUCCGUGGUCUGCCGAAGAUGCCAAGGGUCUGCUGAAGGCUGCCAUCCGGGAUCCCAACCCCGUCUGUGUCCUCGAGAACGAGCUGAUGUACGGUGUUUCCUUCCCCAUGUCUGAGGCGGCGCAAAAGGACGACUUCGUUCUGCCCUUCGGCAAGGCCAAGAUCGAGCGACAGGGCAAGGACCUGACCAUGGUCUCCCUCUCUCGAACCGUUGGCCAGUGCAUGGUUGCCGCCGAGGCGCUGAAGAAGAAGUAUGGUGUCGAGGUUGAGGUUAUCAACUUGCGAUCCGUUAAGCCUCUCGACGUCGAGAGCAUCGUCAAGUCCGUCAAGAAGACCGGCCACCUGAUCUCCGUCGAGUCCGGCUUCCCCUUCGCCGGUAUGGGCGCCGAGAUCCUGGCCCUGACCAUGGAGUACGCUUUCGACUACUUACAUGCCCCCGCCCAACGUAUCACCGGUGCUGAGGUCCCCACACCCUACGCCCAGGGACUCGAGCAGAUGAGUUUCCCCACCGAAGCUCUGAUCGAACAAUAUGCCGCUAAGCUUCUGAGGGUAUAG